UUGUCCGCUGCAGCAGGCGCGGUAAACUUGUUCUUUCAUGUUACUUUUCGCCCUAAUGAACGAUACUGCCGUUAAACAACAAAGCAGACGUGGUGCGCAGUUCUUUUUUUUUCUACGUAUUUUCUUUAAACGUUGGAUUCCUAUUUGUUCCGCCCAAACACGGACGUGAGUAUGUACGGACCGCUCAGUGACAAGCAUUACGACGUAACCAAGCUGUUCGGUCAACUUUGGGAGGAAACGCUCCAGCAGCGCAUCAUCGAGUCCAUCCAAAACCAGCCGGACAAUGACAGGGUAGCCGCGAUCAUUAAGUGUAAGAUCGAUGACUUUCUGCGCAGGUUCCCGUUUCACGAACGGCUGAAGCUUCAGCCCGACGCAAAGGACAAUGCGAAAGCGCUUGCGGACCGCAACUGUGGCAAUGAACUGUUCGCACUGCCGAUGGAAGGAAACUACCUACAGGCACUGCGACACUACAAUGAAAGCAUUUCAUACUCGGUGCAGGGUUCCGAAGCAAGAGCGCUUGCGUACGGUAACCGGUCCGCGGUCUGUAUUAAAUUUGGCCUGUACCAGGAGUGUUUGGAUAAUAUACGCCUAGCAAGGACUUCGAACUACCCGGCACGAUUGGCGGACAAGCUGAACAAGCGCGAGCAGCACGUGAAGCGAUGCAUCCAACAUGACCCUCCCGUCUUUCCGGACAGGGUUAAACAUACGCCUGGAAAGUAUCGGCCACGUGACUCGGGCCAUCCGGCACUGAAGUUGAGUUACGAGGCACAUUUUAACGUUCCCCAGCUGGUGAAAUGUGUGGAGCUGCGUCAGAACAGGCAAUUCGGUCGUCAUUUGGUGACGACGCAGCAUUUAAAGGCGGGAGACGUCCUGCUGAUUGAGAAGCCGUACGCAAACUUACUCUGCGACACAGAACGGUACAAGCGUUGCGCGUUUUGUCAGAAUGAGGACACGUUUACGCUGAUUCCUUGCGAGGGAUGCACCGUGACGAUGUACUGUUCAGAGGAAUGCCGUGACAAAGCGCACAAGCAGUACCAUCGUUACGAGUGUGGUGUGCUGCGUGACUGUUGGCGCAUGGUUGGACCUUUGCUGGGAGGAAUGGUGGGAGUGCGUACGGUUGCCACGGCUUUUGCAUCCUUCGAUCAGGAUCUCGAGGGAUGGAAUGAUCAGCUGAACACGCUGAACGAAAUGAAUGUGAAUGCAUUUACGAUGGAUUGGAACAACGCAACGGUCAGAGAUAUGUACGACACGGUACACGUGCUCGCCACGAACCAGAAACGUCGAAGUCGCAAAGAUCUGGCGGAGCUAAUAUUUUUCGCCUCCAUCGUGCACCGACUUCUGUUGGAACGCACAGACUUUGGACCGUUGUGCGAAUCGAGCCAGACAAGAAGCAAGCUUCUGUUCGAUCUGCUGCUACGUCACGUGCAGAUUUCCCUGAUCAACAAGAAGCGGGUGCUUCAUAUGGAAGCAGUGGAGGUAAAAGAUGAGGAGGAUGAAGAUACUAAGGAAAAGGUUGGGGAUGAGUUAAACGAUUAUUUCGACUACGACAGUGAGGAAGGCAAACCGACACAUUUUGAAGAGCGACCGCAUGCGAUUGCCGUUUACCCGCUGUCCAGCAUGCUAAACCAUAGCUGCGUACCGAACGUGGUCCCGAUCAAUUUGCUGGACGGACGGUGUGCUUUUGUGGCCAUCCGGCCGAUCGCUGCCGGAGAGCAGCUGUUCGACAACUACGGGACCUGUACGAUCCGUUACGAACGGUCCGUCAGAGGGAUAUACCUGCAGGAUUGCUACCUUUUCCAAUGUAGCUGCGGGGCAUGCCAACCACGCGCGGAGCAUGCGUAUACCGAUCCGGAGGAAGCUAACUUGCUUCGGAAUCUGGAAUUGCUGCCUAAGGUGGAGACGAAAUUGUUGAUGCUGCUAUGGCACAUGAACCAGAAAGAACGGUACUACACGAGGCAGCAGCUGACGGCAAUGCAGCUUAAGCUGGUGCAUACCCUGCGCAUGAUGCACAGCUUUUCGCCGGACGAUGAGCUGUUCCUUGUGGUUAGACAGGAAACGCUGCUCUUCUGAACGAGCCGAGAAUAUUAUUUUUGUUGCCAAUUUCACUGUUAAAUUUCAUUAUUUUGACCGAAUUAGCUUUAUUUGUUCACCCUGAUAACGGUACAAUGAAUUUGUUUCUCUAUGUGCUAGUAACAUGACAAAAAUGUCACAUGAUACUCAUUGUUUCUGCAAAUUGCGGAAAGUUCGAAUUAAUUUAAAAUUAUUAAUUUUCCAUUCGCUCGCUUCUAAUUUUUUAUGGAUUAAAUUUUCAAACGAAAUGCUUAACGAAUUAAUUGAACGCAAUUAAUUUAUUUAUUUCCUUUUUUUCAUUUAAUGUCCUUAAUGACUCGAAGAGCAUUCGUUACAAGCAAAAGGAACGUUUCUCUAAUUUGUUUAACAUGAUAUGUUUUUCGUGUUUUUGGUCAGGUCUCGUAAUACUUAAAAACUAUCUUCGUAUCAUUUUUGCUAUUUCAACAUAUAAGAAUUUAUAAAAUAUUAACAAAUGUUACAAAACAUGCAAAUGCAUCAAAGUCGUACUUUUGAAAAAACCCUUAAUUUUAAAGCAAAUUUAACAAACCAUUACUAUCGACUUAACCAAAACGGCAACAAAACAUCGUUAAAAAAAAUAG